CACCUGUAGCUGUCCAUACCACUGAGAGGUGACCAAUAGAAAUCUGUGGGUGGGGUCUAUGGGUUUCCAUCGAUGGCAGCAGCAGCCCGAAAGUUUUAGUGAUGUUGGCGAUAAUAUGUUAAGAUCUCUAAAAUGUAAGAAGUACUUAUCGAUUUGGUGUGAAAUAAUGACAAAUAAUAUAUAAUAAACGUUUAAUUUACAAAAUCCCGAGCUGUGUGUUUAUCAAAUAAGCAUCUAGUGUAUGAUUGACAUUUUAAAUAACUAAAUGUAUCAAUUAAUUAUGUUAAUUUUUUUAAUAAAUCGGUGUGAAAUUUAAUUGUGCGACGCCAAGUUUAACGCCAUACAUGAGGAACGCAGACUUCGCAAUGGCACAGCACAUCCUCUCCGCCGUCGAAUCCGAAAUCACGUCCGGUGGAAAAAGCAAGGGGGAUCCAACUGAACGCGAUUUGAUCGUCACUCUUGAUGAUCGAGACCUUUGGCUGCGAUUUGAGUGUUUGACGAACGAAAUGAUCGUCACGAAGAACGGCCGGCGCAUGUUUCCCGUGGUGAAGGUCACCGCCGCAGGCCUCGACCCCAAGGCCAUGUACACCGUCCUCCUGGAGUUCGUCCAGAUCGACCCUCACCGCUGGAAAUACGUAAACGGGGAAUGGGUUCCUGGAGGCAAAGCAGAAGUUCCCCCUUCAAACCCCAUCUACAUCCAUCCCGAGUCUCCAAACUUCGGUGCCCACUGGAUGAAAGAAUCCAUCUCGUUCGCAAAAGUCAAACUUACGAACAAAUCGAACGGAAACGGUCAAAUUAUGCUCAACUCCCUCCACAAAUACAAACCCACUGUUCACCUGGUCCGAGUAGGCACUGAACCCCGAAGAGUCAUAUCGUUUCCGUUUCCGGAAACACAAUUCAUUGCCGUUACCGCUUACCAGAACGAAGAAGUGACCGCGUUAAAAAUUAAGUACAAUCCGUUCGCCAAAGCCUUCCUUGAUGCGAAGGAACGCCCGGAUAGUAUAUACCAGCGGGAGUACUCGCCCACCUUCACCCAACAACAAACCCAGUACUCACAAUAUGGGUCAUGGUUCUUGCCCCAUCAACCCAUCUACCCGGCCGUGACCGCAACCGUACAACUAUCAACAUGCACAAGGACCACAUUGAAAAACAAUCGAGCAUCGCCUUAUCCCAUGCAACGCCCCAAGUCGGCGUCCCUCUCACCCCCACCACACGUGUACAACCCUCCGGAUCACAUCCAGCAAGCCACGCCUUACAGUGCACCAGGCCCCACCUACUCCACCUGGUCCACGGUCCAGACCCCCACCACCGUAAUGAGCCCCACGAUCAACUGCUGGUCCCUCACUUCAAGCCCCCCACCACCGUAUCAAAUCUCCGCCCAACCCACUCCAAGCCAAUCCCCCAACCAAAUCUACCAACCCGUCACAAACCUAACCAACCUAACAUAUCCCAGUUAUUACAACCAGGACGUUUCAUGCACACACUACCAAAAUCCCGAGUACAUCUCGGUGGUCAACCCGGAAAGCCCCUACCCCCAAAUUGGGUCAGAGCGAGCCACGCCUGUUGGCUACCACCAGAACGAAGUGGGCGGAGUUAUCGACGACGGAGGGAGUGGCCAAAACCAGCCGGAGUCGCCCGAAUCCAGCUCGAGCACACCGCGACACGAAUGGGUCGCUCAAAAUCAUUUAUAAACUUGUAAAAUUGUAAAUAAAGGAGUGAAAACCAUCCGGUUUGUUUAAAUUUAGCGCCGAAUCUGGUUGCUGCGUAACUGUUGUGUUUACAAAAAUAACAAACAAAAAAGUUUGUGCGUUUGUGAAUGGAAGGUAUCAAGCGAUUUUUGUUCCAAAUGGGCAAUUUUCGGGCCCCCACUGGCAAGGAAAUGCCAGAAGUGGUGAGUUUGGACCAUGUGAUGACCAUUGAUGACGCUGGACGGGCUCCCGAAAUGAAUAAGAGAACGAAAAGAAAAGCUGGAGUAAUAUUCGAUCUUUUGUUUUGCAUUUUUAUUAUUCUUCUGUGGGUGAUAGCGUUGUCUAUUCUUGUACGAACUGGUAUUGAAAAACCAAAUGAGGAGUUGUUUUAUUUCGGUUACUUCGUGCUAGUUUUGGUGAUUACGGUGACUGGGGUUUACUUUGAAGCUUUGAUUUUGAGAGGUUUUGAACGGCUUACUCCAAAAGUAGCGGUGUGUCUCCGGAAAAGUGUAAUUAAAAGACCGUACGUUAUACGAAUGCGACUCUUUCAAAACCCAGAUGAAGACUUCAUCGAAACAGAACUCGACGAAAACCAACUGACGAUUGACGGGGUUUUGGAGUUGUGUGCCAAAGAGCUUGGCGUGGAGAAAAAGCACAUCGUGCGCGUGAGGAAGCUCCCAGAGACGAAAAUCCGGAGUGAUGCUGAUGUAAAAAGAUUCAGUCGUUUGGAAUACUUGGAGGUUUUUUCUGAAUAAAUACUUAGAACUUGUAA